AUCACAGAGAAAACUCAUCAAAAAAAUAAAAAAAAAGAAAUAUCAUAGAGAUCGAGAUAUCGAGAAUGGCAGCAGCUUUGCUACUGUUUCUGCUAUCAUAUAUUUUGCAUCCUCAAUUGGAGGUUCUUGCAUUGGCUACUUCAUCUGAUCUUGAUUUUAGUUACAUGAAAUCUGUACACAAUGCAACUGAUCUACCGUUAGAAGACGUAUAUGACUACAUAAUAGUGGGAGGAGGCACAGCGGGGUGUCCGUUGGCUGCAACUUUAUCAGAAAAAUAUUCUGUUCUUGUCCUUGAAAGGGGCAGUACCCCUGCUGCAUAUCCACAGGUGUUGGCCUCGAACAGCAUGUUAAAUAAUCUCUUACAGGAAGACAACGGAAAGACACCUGCUCAGAGGUUCGUUUCCGAAGAGGGAGUUAAAGUUGUAAGAGGCAGAAUCCUGGGUGGUACCAGCAUGAUCAACGGGGGAUUCUUCUCCAGAGCCGAUGACCAAUUCUAUAAUGAAGCAGGGGUUGACUGGGACAAGGAUAUGGUCGAGAAGGCAUAUCAGUGGGUGGAAGACACUAUUGUGUUCAGCUACAAUUUGUCUACUUUUCAAUCUAUUCUAAGAAAAGGUUUGCUUCAAGCAGGUGUUGGUCCUGACAAUGGAUUCACUCUGCAACAUUUGGCUGGAACCAAAACUUCCGGUUCAACCUUCGAUGAUCAGGGAAGGAGACAUGGAGCUGUGCAGCUUCUCAACAAAGGAGUCUUGCACAAUCUGCGAGUUGCAGUUGAGGCAUAUGUGGAAAAAAUCACCUUCCGCUCUUCCAAUAAUGCAUCACGUUUGUCGGCAACUGGAGUCAUAUAUAAGGAUUCUGUAACACCCCGUCCCAAAUCGCACCGGAAUCCGUGCACGUUGGGUCCUGACAAUUCGAAAGGGAGGACUCAUCGGGCAUUUGUAAAAGAUAGGGGAGAGGUGAUAUUGAGUGCAGGGGCAAUUGGGAGCCCUCAACUUCUUCUUCUUAGUGGAGUUGGUCCAGUUCCUCAUCUUUCUUCUCUGCAUAUUCCUGUUGUUUACUCAAAUCCUGAUGUGGGAAAUUUUAUCGCCGACAAUCCUCGUAAUGGCAUCAACAUUGUAGCCCCAUAUGCAUUGGACGGGUCAAAUCCACAAGUUGUAGGAGUUGUAGGAGGUGCAGGUGACUUCAAUGUUAUAGAGGGAUUUUCCUACAUUUCGCCAUUUUCAUUUCCUCAACCUUUCAGCCUGUUUCCAAACUCCACUUCUCCUUUACAAUUGAGCGUGGCAGCCAUUGUUCAUAAGAUCUCGGGACCUCAAUUGACGGGUUCCCUCCGGUUGUUGUCAUCAGCAGAAGUGAAAGUUAGUCCGGCUGUCCGGUUCAACUACUUUUCUGAACCGGUGGACCUUGCUCGUUGUGUUAGAGGAAUGAGGAAGAUUGGUGAUAUGCUGAAGACAGACUCCUUUGAAGAACUCAAGUUUGAAAAACUGGAGGGUGCAGAAGGUUUCACGUUUUUAGCACCAUCUUUGCCGAAGAACCAGUCAGAUGAUGCAUCGAUAGAGACGUUUUGUCGAAGCACGGUGACAACCUAUUGGCAUUACCAUGGUGGUUGCUUGCUGGGAAAGGUGUUGGAUGGUGAUUACAGGGUGAAGGGGACAAAUUCACUUCGUGUGGUUGAUGGAUCCACAUUCAAAGCCUCACCAGGGACCAAUCCUCAGGCCACUCUUAUGAUGAUAGGCCGGUAUAUUGGGCUUAAGAUUCUGCAGGAAAGAAGAGCAGCAAAGUAGAUAUAUAAAUUAUCGUGGUCAGCAAUAACAAAUUUGUACAACCACCAUUUCCAUGUGUGAUUAGUAUGUUCAAUAAGUCAUGGUGGUAGUUAAGCUUAUGUGUUAUAAUACUUUCUUGUAUCUACAUCUAAUAUAUAUAUAUAUAUAAGGCUAGGGUGUGCUUUGUUUCACUUGCUUCAA